AUGGCUCCGCAGCCAGCGUCGAGGUGCUGCCGCGCUGUCCGUAGCCACCUCACAAGCUCUCCCGGCGCAUCCACUUCUGCCACCGCCCUCGACGGCAUCUGGAUCACCGACUUGGUUCUGGCCCGCGCAUUUUCCCACUACUGCCGCAUCGCCGCACCGCCUGCCUCUACGACGACCACUCGACGCUUUGCUAGCAAUGUCCCGGGACCACUCGAAAGCCGCCGCCGCCUUGGGAAGCGCCAGAUGACCGACCAGCUCAGCUCGCAGCUGUCCCUUGGCCCCGGUGGACCUCUUCUGCCGGCAUGGGGACUGCCGAAUGCGCCAGAUUUGCGGGAGUGGACAUGGUCACCACCACGGAGGGCACAGGAGCUGUCAGAACAAAACGUGGUGUCGUCACGGCAAGUCCAAGACAACAGCAGCCGCGGACGCCUUCGGGAAAGCAGCACGUCAGUCUUUCCUGCAUGGCUUGCAGGCUUCGGCGGUGAGCAGCCCGUGCCUGAAGCAGCAUCACCGGCAGAGUCAAUCGAGCCAAUGCAACGGAGCAUGGCCGCCCAGCUCAUGUUCACAAAAGUGCAGACCUGGCGCGAGUCCAUCUCCACUCUAUCGGAAAAGGACUUUAGUCGCCGGUUAGACGAUAUAUGCAGGGAUCUCCAGUCGCACCUGGCCCUUGCCGCUAUGACCGUCGACGAGUCUCGUGAAGCAGUUGGUCUCAUUUGGAAGGGACUGAGCGAUAAGGAAGGAGAGCAUGCGCUUCAGACAAAUGCGUCAAAGCUGUAUUCUGCCGUGCUGGAGGGCAUUCGUGCAUGUCGUCUUCUCAAUGCGAGCGACUAUGGUGUUACCUUCUGGCGCGACCUUUAUGUCUACGUCUCACAGCUGUUGCCCAACAGCAGCAGCAGAAACAACCGUAGGAGCAGAAGUCCAUGGGUGAUGACAAUGGCACUCGAGACGCUGUUGGCCACACCAUCUCAGUUCCUCACGAGCGUGGCGGAUCUUCUCCCGCCGCAUCUGUGCGCCGUCUUUGUCAACCAGAAUCUGGCCACAAGUACGCUCACAGAAACAAGGAACGCGGCAGCAGAAUCGUCCCAUACCCUCACGCGAGCCAAGGCGCAAGAGAUUGCCGACGCCCUUGAGCACAUUGACCUUGUUCAGCACGACAAGCUCAUCGAUGCGACCACCAAUCUACUGGUCGCGGCCUCUUUGCCUUCCAGCAACAGCGGCCGGCCCGACCCCAAGAUCUCCGCGACGAAUCACACCAUUACGACCCCUUCCUCCACCAUUCCGGGUUGGCUACUCACCCUGGCACACAUGCCCAGUGUGCGGCAAGAUUGCCUCUUCAAGACCAUGUCGCAGCUGCAGUCGUCGGCGUCACAGGCUCAAGUUGAGACAACACAGGUGGCCACGACAGCACAGACGACACAAACCACACAGGACGCACAAGAAGAACCAAGGAAAUUAGUACUCGCGGCCACAGAAACCGAAACAGAGACAGCAACUGCUGCCAGCAACAACGCGUGGCACAUGCGCAGCGCACACCUCGGCCAUGUCGACCUGUGUGAGCUUUUGCUCGCCCAGUGGAUCAGCCGAGGCUACGUCACGCAGCAGGUGCGGCGCUCGUUUGAGCAGACCAUGGCGGCGCUGGCUUCGCAGGACGUGACCGCAGCGUACGACCACCCCUGUGCGCUGGCGGCGCUCGCGCUGGCCGUGUUCUGGCCCAAGCACAGCCGCGGCCAGUGCGUGGCCCUGUACGUGAGCCUCUUGCGGGGCCUGCGCGAGAAGCUGGGCCGUGAGGCACCGGACGUGCUCGUCGAGUCGUUGAACGCGCUGCUGGCGCACAUGCAGUCGGCCCAGUCCUCAGAAUCCUCACAAUCCUCGGAACGCUCAGAAUCUGUGCAAGCUGGGCUCCCCUCGUUCCCACCGAACACGUUUUACGAGUCACUGGCUUGGGCUAUUGGUGACCUCGAGACGGCGAUACAACUGCACGAGAUGUAUACGAGCACCAUCCCCCUGCAAACGCCCCCGCCAGCCCAACCCUAUUGGAACAUUGGUUUUUGGGACAAGUUUGCCAAUGAUCUGGGCACGGCUCUCGAUGCUGGCAAACUGUCGCCGGGCCAGGUAUCCCACGCGCUCGACCUACUGCCCCGCAGCAAAGGCACACCCGUCUCCCAUGCGAUGAACGCAAGCCAAGACCCCGCGAAAUUAUCAAAGUCGAAGUCGAAACCGAAAUCGAAAUCGAAAUCGAAUGGGACGUACAAGCCUGCCAAGGAGCUGGGAGCGGCUACAGUCGGCCUCAUCGAAAAGCUUGCUAUGCAUUUUGCUCUAGCGCCGAACCUGGUACCCCGGCGCGCGCUCCGUGGCGUCGAGCUGUGCUGGGCAAUUCUUGCCUCGAACACAAGCAAGGCGGAGAAGGCAAGGCUGCAGGGCAUGAAACAUUCUCUACCACUCCCCGUCUCCAUGCCGGCCCCGUCUCUGCCCCUGGCCUCGCCUACUGUUCUCCGCGCUCUUUUCCACCUGAUCACGCGCGACCUCGACGAUGCCUUGCCUGGCCGGACAAGCCGUCUGCGGUGGUUCCUUGCCAUUGUUACGCGAGAGCGCGGUAUGAAGGCAGCGGCGGAGUGCGAGCGGGCUCUAGUCCGCUGGCGUGGUGCCGUCAAGGAGCAUCAUAAACAGGAAGCCAUGCGGAUUCGCCGUGGAAACUGA